ACCCUCAUACCCUAGCCAACACUGACCGGGAACGAAUAAAGAACAAAAGUGUGUGAUAUGUCGCUGUGAAUUUCCGAACUAUCUGUGUGUUUUCGUACUAUCUUUAAGUUUCGCGCAAAGUCAAGGCCAGCGGAAGCCGGUGAGCAGAGAGAUGGCGGCCAACAUGUCCUCCUUCGAGCUGAAGAAGCUGUCGGAAGAGUCGCUCUUGCAGCCGCCGGAAAAGGUGUUCGACAUAAUGUACAAGCUGGGCGAGGGAAGCUACGGGUCGGUGUACAAGGCGCUCCACAAGGAGAGCAGCUCCAUCGUGGCCAUCAAACUGGUGCCGGUGGAGUCCGAUCUGCACGAGAUCAUCAAGGAGAUAUCCAUUAUGCAACAGUGCGACUCGCCGUACGUGGUUCGUUACUAUGGCUCCUACUUCAAGCAGUACGACCUGUGGAUCUGCAUGGAGUACUGUGGUGCCGGCAGCGUCUCCGAUAUCAUGCGGUUGCGCAAGAAGACGCUCACCGAGGACGAAAUCGCCACCAUCCUGUCGGACACGCUGAAGGGUCUGGUCUAUCUGCAUCUUCGCCGCAAGAUCCACCGCGACAUUAAGGCGGCCAACAUCCUGCUCAAUACCGAAGGCUAUGCCAAGUUGGCCGACUUCGGGGUGGCAGGCCAGCUUACGGACACGAUGGCCAAGCGGAACACGGUCAUCGGGACUCCCUUCUGGAUGGCCCCCGAGGUGAUCGAGGAAAUCGGCUACGAUUGUGUGGCCGACAUCUGGUCGCUGGGUAUCACAGCCCUGGAAAUGGCCGAAGGCAAGCCGCCCUACGGUGACAUCCAUCCCAUGCGGGCCAUCUUCAUGAUUCCCCAGAAGCCGCCACCUUCGUUCCGCGAGCCGGAUCGCUGGAGCACCGAGUUCAUCGACUUUGUGAGCAAGUGCCUGGUGAAGGAGCCGGACGAUCGGGCCACGGCCACCGAGCUGCUGGAGCACGAGUUCAUACGCAACGCCAAGCACAGAUCGAUCCUGAAGCCCAUGCUGGAGGAAACCUGUGGCAUUCGCGAGCAGCAGCGGGCCAACCGAAGCGCCUUCGGGGUGGCCGCCAGCCAGGCCAAGAGUCUGGCCACCCAGGAGAACGGUAAGCUGCAGAACAUACUGGACGUCGUGUUCAUGGAGGAUCCGGGCACCCUGGUGCCGGAAAAGUUGGCCGACUACCAUCUGAGCUCGGCAUCGGACGCCACCAUGAUAGCGCAUGCGGAGCAGGGCGUGGACGAGGGCACAUUGGGGCCGGGAGGUCUGAGAAACCUGGCCAAGGCAGCUGAUCACACGGUAGGCAGCGCAGCGGCAUCGGCAGAAGCAUCUACCCUGGAUGUACCGGCAGUGGACAGUGGCACAAUGGUGGAGCUAGAGUCAAAUUUGGGCACUAUGGUGAUCAACUCGGACUCGGACGACUCCACAACGGCGAAGCAAAACGACGAUCAGAAGCCGCGCAAUCGCUACAGGCCGCAGUUCCUGGAGCACUUCGACCGGAAGAAUGCGGGCGAUGCUCGCGGAGAUGAGAAAUCCAUGCCCACCGAGUAUUCCCCGGCGGCAGCCGAGCAGCAGCAGCAGCAGCAACAGCAGCAGCAAGAGGAGCAGCACCUGGCUAGCGGGGCCAACGAUCUGAACAACUGGGAGCACAACAUGGAAAUGCAGUUCCAGCAGAUCUCCGCCAUCAAUCAGUAUGGUCUGCAACAGCAUCAGCACCAGCAGCAGGUACUCAUGGCCUAUCCACUGAUGAACGAGCAGCUCAUUGCGCUGAACAAUCAGCAGAAUCUGCUGCUCAGCAAUGCAGCGCCAAUGGGCCAGCAGGGAAUGCCGGCAGCCGCGGCACCAGCUCAACCGCCGCCCGCAUAUCAGAACCAGCAUAUGCACACACAAUCGCACGCGUAUGUGGAGGGUGAAUUUGAGUUCCUCAAGUUCCUCACCUUCGACGAUCUGAACCAGCGGCUGUGCAACAUCGAUCACGAGAUGGAGCUGGAGAUCGAGCAACUAAACAAGAAAUACAAUGCCAAGCGGCAACCCAUUGUGGACGCCAUGAAUGCGAAGCGCAAACGCCAGCAGAAUAUCAAUAAUAAUCUGAUUAAGAUAUAGGAAUAGCAACUCACAAUUUCGCAUGACAACUGAAAAUUGAAUUUCAACUCUCACAACGGCCUCUGCAUUGGGUUGAAUUCGCAGAUAAAUGUCGGACGUUACAGACGCAAUAUCUGUAUCCUCGCGAAAUUGUUCAUAUAUUGAGCUAAUUCGACCUGGUGGAAAGGCAUUCAAACCAAUCACAAGAAAUGAAAACACAAAAGCUUUAUUGUAAAAUGCAGUGAAAACAGGAUGAAAUGUGGUCAAAGGAGUCGUCGGCAGAAUCUUCCAGCACGAAUACAUGUGUUCUGUUUGUUCCACUUUGGUUUUCAUCACAUUUUAGUUUGGUUUCGUAUGUUUUAGCUUCCAUUGAUCUGUUCUCAAGUAUUGAUAUGUUCGAAUCAAGUUUAUAUUGUGUUUAUUGUAGCUGCCCGCAUGAUCAACUGCCUAAGCCUUAUCUUAAUUUAUAAGACUACUAUUAUUCGUUCUUCCCUGUUAACUAUUAACCUUAAUCUCUUUGAAACCCCUAAGUUUUGUCUUCGUGCGAAAAAAAAAAAUCAGCAACCCGUCAAGCAAUAAUUAUAAAGAAGUAACAAUUUUAUACGCAUUGGAAUGCAUAUUUUUCGAAAGUAUAUUUCUCAAAGCAAAAUGCACAGAAGCACUCACAUAUAAACAUUUAUAUAUACCUAGUACUUUUAGC